CUUUCCAGACCUCGCCCUAGUCUACCUCUGCUGAUCAAAAGGCCCUGCCCAUCUUAUGCAGUUUGUUACUCUUUAGAUCCACAUCACCAUUGGUGACUACUGGAAGAAGCUGUCCUACUCCUCACGUCCGUCCCAUUUUCUUUUAUAGCAGGUGACCAUUGUCCGGAGCAAACCUUCACUUCUGGUCAAGUCGUUGCUUCCAAGCCAAUCACUUGCCCAUUCACCUUCGUCAUUACCUUACACAGCGUAAAGUGGGAUACUGUCUGGGAAAGGCCUGUGAAUACCAGACCUACUAGUACUUUCGUUGUCUGUCUCCCCCAGCUUCUGGAGGAGAAAGACGUGGUUGUACCCAGCCUGUGUCCUUUCUCCUACUCUUCCCAAACUUCUGACCCUCAAACACCUUCAACAUGUGGGCAAGAAAGGCUCUCAUCACUGCCCUAGCAGUCACCAGCGCAGCAGCAUCUCCCGUAUCCAAGCGUCAAUUUUCCUAUGGGUCGAGUCCGGUACGAGGCGUCAACAUCGGAGGGUGGCUGGUUCUUGAACCUUGGAUCACCCCGUCAAUAUUCCAGCCGUUUGGUGGCAAUGUGGUGGACGAAUAUACCCUUUGCCAGAACACUGGCGACGCCGAGUCGAUUCUGCGCAGCCACUGGGACAGCUGGGUGUCGCUGGGAGACUUCCAGAAGAUCGCCGCUAAUGGCUUCAACUUGGUACGGAUACCGAUAGGAUACUGGGCAUUCCAGAAGUACGAGCAGGAUCCAUAUAUACAAGGUGCUGCGGACUAUCUCGACACGGCCAUUGGUUGGGCUCGGCAAACAGGCUUGAAAAUCUGGAUUGAUUUGCAUGGCGCACCACGCUCUCAGAAUGGGUACGACAACUCAGGCCAGCUCACCUCGGCUCCAGGCUGGACGCAGGGCGAUACUGUCGACGCCACGCUUGGCGUGAUCGGCCAAAUUGCCGAGAAGUACGGAACAUCACAGUACUCCGAUGUGGUGGCGGGCAUCGAGCUCUUGAAUGAGCCCUACAUGCCAGCCCUGUCGGGCGGAAAGCCUGCAACACAAGGCUACUACCAGUCGGGCUUCGACAUUGUCCGACAGAACGGACAGACACCAGUUGUCAUCCACGAUGGUUUCGACAAGCCAUCGAACUGGAACGGGUUCCUUACCGGCCAAGGCACAUCAGGCGCCAUCGUUGAUCACCACGAGUACCAGUGCUUCACAAACGAGGGCGUCGCCUUGUCGCCCGAAAACCACGUUAGUGAAGUGUGGAACUCGGCCAAUACGUGGGGCACUGGCCAGGAUAAGUUCAUCAUUGUUGGUGAAUGGACGGCCGCAAUGACAGACUGUGCUCCUGCGAUCAAUGGGCGGGGCGUUGGGGCGAGAUACGAUGGAACGUACCAGGGCGCGCCUUAUGUCGGAUCCUGCGCCAACAUGAACUCCAUUGACCAGUGGAGCGACUAUUACAGGCAAGCGACGACGAACUAUAUCAGCGCUCAAAUGAGUGCCUUUGAGUCCAAGGUGCAAGGAUGGAUUUUCUGGAACUUCAAAACCGAGGGUGCCGCCGAGUGGGAUUUAUUCAAGCUGAUCGAUAAUGGAGUGUGGCCUCAAUAGUCGUGAGCAAAGUCGACGAUUUUCUAUCCCUUGGACAGACGGGAGUGGGAAGGAUUGCAUACAUGCUUGGGACAUUCGUCGCAUCUGCAUACGAGUAUGGUAUGUUAUGGUCAUCAUUUCUUCAAUUCGAUACCCGACCAAUUGUUGGAAAAGCAUAUGCAUACGGCCGCGAGCCGUGGAAAGCUGGUCAUAUUUUAUGAUGCCGAUCUCGAUGAUCAGGCGCGAUGGCAUAUGUGCAUUGUGCAUCGAUCAGCGUGGUGGAAAUUGAGGAUGGAGAAGAAGUAAAACUAACGAGCUUAACGACAUGAUAUGUGAUGACCACUGCAUAAGAUCGAAAAAAAGAAUAAGAAGCAUGACCCAUAAGAAUUCAUCGCCGUCUUAAGUACUAGGUAGCUCAUAGCCGAUACUCGUAGUACUGGAAGGCUCAAUUUGCCGGGGACAUAGGGAGUACGGAGUAUGGAGUACGGAGUAUGGAGUACGAUACCCCCAUCCUUUUCGCCCCUGCAUACUCCGUAGAUAGAGUGUGAAAGGCGAG